AUGGCGGCCUUGAUCCGCGCUCUCAGAUCCUCCUCCUCCUCUUCCUCUUUUACUAAUUAUGUUAUCCGAAGGUCUCUAUCCACGUCCGCGUCAACGGCAGCCCCACCCCUAAGUUCCGAAACCUUCACUCCCUUCGUAGAUACCAAGGGCAAACAUGUUCAGUGGGUGUUCCUGGGAUGCCCCGGCGUCGGAAAGGGUACCUUCGCCAGCCGCCUCUCCACCCUCCUUGGUGUCCCCCACAUCGCCACUGGAGAUCUCGUCCGCGAAGAGCUCUCCGCCACUGGACCACUUUCUAAACAGCUUACAGAGAUUGUGAACCAAGGGAAAUUGGUAUCUGAUGAGAUAAUUAUAAGCUUAUUGUCAAAGAGGCUUGAGACAGGGGAAGCUAAAGGUGAAUCAGGAUUUAUACUAGAUGGAUUUCCCCGAACAGUUAGGCAAGCAGAAAUAUUGGAUGAUGUAACAGACAUUGACCUGGUGGUAAAUCUCAAGCUUCCAGAAACAGUACUGGUUGAGAAAUGCCUUGGACGAAGGAUCUGCAGCCAAUGUGGGAAGAAUUUCAAUGUAGCAAGUAUCAAUGUCAAGGGUGAAAAUGGAAAUCCUGAUAUUAGUAUGGAUCCACUUCUUCCGCCUCCACAGUGUGUUUCGAAGCUCAUUACUCGUUCUGAUGAUGCUGAAGCUAUUGUUAGAGAAAGACUCCGUGUAUACUAUGAGAAGAGUCAGCCAGUGGAGGAAUUUUACCGUAGUCAAGGGAAGUUGAUGGAAUUUAAUUUGCCUGGUGGUCUCCCGGAGUCAUGGCCAAAGCUGCUGGAAGCACUUAACCUUGAUGAGUACGAGGAUAAGCAGUCCGCUGCAGUGUAG